GCGCGGGCGGGGUGGGCUGCGGUAGCAGGCGGGGCGAGCCGGGCGGGGCGGCGGCACCACCACCAUGUCGGAGGCGGCGGUGGCGGACACCCGGCGCCUCAACGCGAAGCCGCAGGACCUCACGGACGCGUACGGGCCGCCCAGCAACUUCCUCGAGAUCGACAUCUUCAACCCACAGACCGUGGGCAUGGGCCGCGCCAGAUACACUAGCUACGAGCUUCGCAUGCGGACAAACCUCCCCAUCUUCAAAUUGAAGGAGUCAUGUGUGAGGAGACGAUACAGCGACUUUGAGUGGCUGAAGAAUGAGCUGGAAAGAGACAGUAAGAUUGUAGUGCCACCACUGCCUGGAAAAGCUUUGAAACGACAGCUUCCCUUCCGAGGAGAUGAAGGCAUCUUUGAGGAGUCUUUCAUUGAGGAGCGGAGGCAGGGCCUAGAACAGUUUAUUAACAAAAUUGCUGGACACCCACUGGCACAGAACGAGCGCUGCUUACAUAUGUUCCUGCAAGAGGAGACUAUUGAUAGGAAUUACGUCCCAGGGAAAGUGCGCCAGUAGGAGCACCUGGCACUGUCUUCCUCCAUUCCACCCUCCCUCCUGCAAAAAUGACAUUUAUUUUUACACUAAAUCUGUCUUCUCUGAACCAGCUUUUCCUCUCUUGAACCUCUCAGUUUGUUCAGUAUUUUCCUAUUUUGUAACUGGCAGCAGUUUGUUCUAUUGGGCUGUGGUUGUGGCCUAAAGAUGUGAAGAUUAUGCAAGUGAGCAUGUUGUACCACAUCUAGCGGCAGAUGUGGAUAGGUGUGGAGCAGGAAUUUGCUAAUGGUAUUCUGGUGUAGGAGCUGCCUCUCUCCCUGUACAGGAAGAUACGAGAUGACCUUCAGUCCCUUGUCUGUGCAGCCCCAAGCAUCUCUGCAGGAGACUUUGAAGAAUAGCACUUGUCAUGUUGGUCAGUGAUUAUAUCAGGUAUUAGGGUUUUAGUAAGGUUUAUCCAAGCCAAUGAGUAGGUGCCUGGCUGUGUCAGUCUGUCAUCCAUCCCAUUCACCCUGCAUGAAACCCCCAUUCUUCACUGUCUGGAAGUGCUGAGACCCAACACCUACUCAAACCCCGCUAUCGGCCUCCUGCAUUACAGACCUAUUUGGUGUAUUUGUUCCCCCUCCUUUCUAAGGUGCUGCUGGCAGCUCGAGGGAUUUCCAUCCCAUGUGCUCUCGUGAUGCUCUUUGUGGGCCAUUUGGCACAUGAGAGAUGGGAUAGUCUGGGCUGUAGCCACAUGUACUGUGAUGCAUUGGUGCAGAGUUUAAGAAACACCAGAGCCUGCUGUACUAUGGGCUGCUGGGCUGGUGUUGCCUGCAGCACCCUGCUUGGCUGAGCCCAGUGACCUUAUCCUGGGCCCCAGCAGCUGGGAGGAGCAGACUGUCUGGCUGAGGAGGAGCAAGAGAGAGCCGGUGGGAGCAGUUGUAGGAUGCAUCUGUGCUGGCUGCCACUGGAGGAGUCCAACAGUGGGGCCUGGAGUGAGGCCACCUCUCCAGAAAGGGUCAGCAGAAAAUGGGCAGUUAGUCCUACGUUAGACAUAGCUUAUGAAGCAGGAGAAUUGGCAGUGGCUCUUUGUGUGUUCUCCCCUGUUCUCCAGUGAGCUAGGCAGUCACUUGUGUGAAAGUGAGAACAUACGACUGGUCAGGGAAGUGUUCAGAGCUUCAGGGGACAACGAGGCUGUGACCUGCUGCAGCAGAAGUGUCCUUUGGUGGCUCCCCCAGCUGCCACAGCUGUGAUGAGUGAGGUUGGGCCUCAACUUGGGGGCUCCUCAGGUCAAGGCUGGCUGGUUUAUAAGUGCUUGGUCACUUUGUUGUGGCACAGUUGAGCCUUUUUUGGAGCACAGGCCUACGGUGGAUGCCCUCCCGUUCCUGUCAAGGCACAGUCCCCGAGGCCCUCCCUACUCUCCUCUGUUUUCUGGUGAGGACCUGGUACUGCUGGGCGAGAGGUGGCUCCUGGGGGGAAGUUGCUGAAAGCACGAGGGAGCUGCUCUGGGGGCUGGCGCAGUCCAGAAAGGCCGUGCGGCAGCACGGAGCCUGGUGCCGGUGGCGGCGGCCGUGGCCUCGGAGGGGCUCGGUCCCGGCUUCCUGGUGCCGCCAGUCGCGCUCGGGGCGGCUCCUUCCCGUGCCCUGCACGGGGCUGCCAUCCAUCCAGCUGUCUGCACCCUGUCCAGUGUAACGUCCCGGUGCCGUUCGCAUUAAACCACUGUGAAGCCAA